GAUGAUGAUGAUGAUGAUGAUGAUGAUGAUGUGGUAACCCCUCAGCUACAUCAUCCUUUUGUGCACGGCGCGCUGCUGGCUAGUAUUUGCGCUCAGCCCAGCUGUCACCUCCGGCAUUGGUCCACCAGGCUCUCACACGUAGGCGCGUAUCCGACCAACCCCCUUCCUCCUACUAGACCAGACCCUGCGAACGUCGGGAUAGCCAGGCUGCAACAACCCGCUGCAGCUUGGACCGGACCCAAAAGCCAAGAGAACCGAGGAGAGAAGUCGGUGCUGAGACCUCUACCUGUGUGCAGCAGCACUACGGCAGCUAUGGGACCAGAGGACGGUGCUUUAGCGAGUCCAGGUGGGACGGCGCCCUGCCCGCCUGGACCACAGGACCGCGUCUCUACGACGACCCAUGACAGCGUUCAGCAGGCUCUGAGGUUGAACAGUCAGAGUAGCCAUCAUAGGAGCAAGAUGUUCGUCUGGGGCAACCUGGCGGCCCCCACCCAGCCCGCAGGAGCCGCGGUUUACCUCAACAGCGUGUCAGCCGGCGCAGAGGCGGCAGACAGCUUCAAGAGCCCGGAGUCUGUGGAGAUGGACGAGAUCAUGGCUGCUAUGGUCCUGACCAGCUUGUCCUGCAGCCCCGUGGUUCAGAGCCCCCCACAGACGGAUCCUGGUCCAGCAGGAUCCUCCUCAUCGGUCGACAUGGAGGGUGGGGGUGGGGAGCUGUCCGACAGCGGCAGCAGCGGUUACUGGAGCUGGGAUCAUGGCAAUGUAAGCCCCGCCCCCUCGCCGUCUGUCACUGAAGUAGACAGCAGUCCUGACGAAGGCCUGCACCUGGAGCCAGAUCAGGGGGAGGAGCUUACCGCCAAAAAGCCAAAGAGCUCCCUGAGGUGUGUGUACAAGUGUCUGUGGCCCAGCUGUGGGAAGGUCCUCACGUCCUCGGUGGGAAUCAAGCGACACAUCCGAGUGACACACCUGGGCAGUGGGUCGGAUCAGUCCCAGAGGGAGGAGGACUUCUACUACACUAAGAUCUGCUGUGAGGCCGGCUCUGCUCCGGGUCCAGGUCCGGCUCAGGCCUCUAAUCCUAAUCUCUGCUGGGCCUCGUGUGGUUCACCUUCCGGCUCAGAGCUCCAGAUCCCUAUGGCUCACAGGCCCAGGUCCAACUCCAGCUCUGGGCCCGGCCCGAGCAGACCCAGUUCCCUCAGCCAGUCGGCCCCCAGCAGCUUCUGGCAGAUCCACUCGGAGCAUCUCUAUCAGGCCUGUAGCCCUGUCCAGGUCUCUAUGGCCACCAGAAACCCCUGUCCCCAGGGCUGGACCCCCUCCACCUCCAUGUCCAGCCACAACAACUCUCAGAUGGUGAAACCUCGUUGUCGGUCCGUUAGCGUCGGGGAGCAGUGGCUCCAACAGAACCGGCUGCAGCCCAUGAGCGCGUCGCCCUCCCGCACUCAGUGCUCCUUCAGGAAAGGCCGCAGCGAGGCCAAGAAGUGUCGCAAGGUGUACGGCGUGGAGCGCAAAGACCAGUGGUGCACGGCCUGCCGCUGGAAGAAGGCCUGCCAGCGCUUCCCCGACUAGAGGAGGCGGCGAGGGAACGAGCGGAUGAAAAGACUUUUAUCAAGAGAACAAACGGAUCUAAAUCAGGGCCUGGCCGCCAUCCAGAAAACCAACUUUUACAUGUUUUUAUUAUUUUUGUUUAUAUUCUUUCCUAAAAGGAAUGCAAAUGAACUUUUGUGUAUCUUUGUAACUCCUGGAAACUGAAGUCUGACAAAGGUGCUGUUGACUGACCCUGUGAUGUGCUAAGCCCCGCCCCCUUUUAUCCAAAGGUUGUACUCUGCUCCUGUAGCUCCGCUGUAUUAGACUCGGCCGUUUUCUUGAUUCCAGUGGUGGUGUACGUUAUAUAAUGUAUGACUAUUUUGUACCCUCUUGGUUUUUUAUCGUCUCGUCUGGCCCGUGUUCGAGGCGGACGCAUCUUUUCUAUGUUUUUGGCACUUUGUUGGAACAUUCACUCACACGAAUAAGCUACAUUUGGUUUGAUUCAACCAAGGUCCUUCCAUGGCUUCCUUCCUGCCCGGUGUCGGCACACCACCAGUGUUAAUGACCAGCGAUGGGAUGGAUUCAUGGCGGGCGCGCAGACAUGAGGAGACGCGUUUGUAUUAGAGGAAAUAUAUUGUCAAACACAAUAAAAGAAAAGCACUGAGCGUUUAAACAGA